UCUCUCCUCCAUCAUCAUCUAUUCAUCUUCCUCACAACACCACCAGUCCAUCGAUCUCCCAACAACUCAGGUUGAUCCUGCGCUGCAGCUCUAGCAUAGCUACCUAGCCGGCCUGCGAAGAUGCGGAUGAGCUGCAACGGGUGCCGUGUGCUGCGCAAGGGGUGCAGCGAGGGCUGCACCAUCCGGCCGUGCCUGGAGUGGAUCAAGAGCCCCGACGCGCAGGCCAACGCCACCGUCUUCCUCGCCAAGUUCUACGGCCGCGCCGGGCUGCUCAACCUCCUCGCCGCCGGCCCCGACGACCUCCGCCCGGCGCUCUUCCGCUCGCUGCUCUACGAGGCGUGCGGAAGGAUGGUGAACCCGAUCUACGGCUCCGUCGGGCUGCUCUGGUCCGGCCGCUGGGAGGCCUGCCAGGCUGCCGUAGAAGCCGUGCUCAAAGGGGAACGCAUCGUCCAGGUCUCCUCCGAGUCCGUCCCCGCCGGUCAGGACACACCGCCGCUCCGGGCGUACGACAUCCGCCAUGUCGCCAAGGACAAAGAAGCCGCCGAUCCGCUGCGUGUCUCGCGCGCUGGACGCACCAGAUUCAAGCGCGCCUCGUCCUCCACCUCCAAGUCCAACAAGGGUGCCAAGAGCGUGUCCCCCACUCCAAGGCAAGAGCCAGAGCAGCACGAUGACCACGGCCGUGCGCCGAGCCGUGAGCCCUGCCACGAGGAGUCGGCCGGCAGCCACAACCAUGGCCAUGUCGACGACGAAGGCAUGGUGAUCGGAGUCGAGCAAACGCGGGAAGAGUCGGGUCAGGACACCGAGGUUGAGGCCGGCUCGCACGUCAGCCAGGCGGAGCAGAGCCCUCUGCCGGUACCGCCGAUGCGGCAUGUCGUCCAUGAGGAGAUUGGGCUGGAGCUGACGCUCGGGCUGGAACCACCGGCGGUCACGCGCUUGGCGAUGUCGCCACUGGCGCGCUUUGAUGUGAGCGGAUUGAGCGCCGAGUCGAGCCACAUCGGCCUGGGGCUUGGCCUGCCGGCGUGAGAGCGGCGAGCGGCCUGAUGGUAGAAGACAGUUUUGGGAUCGUGUCAGCCGUUCUUAGGAUUUCAUUGAUUUCUGUCAUGUAUUCGUCAUGUCUGCUUGUACAAACUUUCUGAGAUCCUGCCCCUUUUUUUUUUGAAAAAGAGAGGUUUUCCCUCUCCGAUUUCAUAUAAUGAAACCAAGGUGCUACAAGGUUUUGCAGUCAAA